UUUCUUGCACUUAUUUUCAGACUACGUUUUCGCAUUCUUUUAAGUACUAACUGAAGCCAUCAGGAUCAGAAAACGGACUCAAAAUUUUGUAAGCAGAGUUGAAAAGUUAUCUGCAUCAGUGACUUGAUUCUUACAUUCGAAGAUAAAUUGGCAGCAGUUUCUUGAUUAUCAGAAGCAUGUCUUUGUCACCUCUGUCACCAUCUUUCUUCGAAUUUGACAUAGACGAUACAGAUAAUUUGAAUUUGUCCACUCCUUUCAUGUUGUACGAUAUGAGCGACUUUUUAUCUAGUGGUGCAACGGACAAGACCCCAUUCCACGAGUCAGACAGUGGUCUAUCCGAUCCUGCAGCUAUGUCGACUUGCUCAAGUGUCAGCCCAACCAGAGAUACGGAUAUCAUGUUGGAUGAAUUACUAGAUAAUGGUCAGUUUAGGCCAUUCGGCAUUUGUGAUAACACGCCACAAUACGACGGAGAUAGUGAUGACUGUUUUCAAAAUGGCAUCAACGAAGACGUGAUGUAUGAUAGUUCUGCUACAAUUCUGCCACCAAGUGGUGAGCAGAAGAAUCGGAGAUUCACUGGAAUUGCAAACCCAGCUGUUUUGCCAGUGGAUUGUGGAUUAGUUGGGGGUGUUCCGACUGUAAGUGUGGCAGUUCCCAAGAAAAAAAAGCUUUGUCGUCUGCAAGCACAACUGUCAACAAGCAGUGAAGAGUCGACAACCAUUUCAGCAGAUACUCGAAGCAGCUAUUCUUGUGAUCAGGACUUUGAUGUGGAAGAAAAUGACUAUAUGAUGAAUGAGAAAUCUAUUAAUUCAAGGCAGACAGUUAAAGCUGACACCCCACACAACUUGAAGAAUCCAAAACAGACACUUAAUAAUGUGAAGGUUGUGCGUGUUGUCCGCACACAACACGAUCUGCCUAAUACUCCUGAUGAAGUAGUGAAGGCACUUGAAGAACGUAAUCGAAAAAAUGCUCAACAGGCCAAGGCUAAUCGCCUCAGGAAAAAGAACUAUGUUGGUAGCCUUGAAAAUGAGGUGAGAGAAAAAAAACAGUUGAUUAAUCAGCUAGAAAAGCAUCUGGAAGAUACACUUGAAGAGAACAGCAGAUUAAAGACUGAAGUUGAGUAUUUAAAAGCAGUGCUUUCAAACCAAAGUGCCCUGGCUGAUCUCCUUAAAAACAUUCCUAACUCUCAGAGUGUCAGACUAUCAUCCUUCCUUGGGUCAAGGAAAAGAACAUCUGCAGAAAGUGAUCAUGACUACUCAUCUACCAAGAGGCAAUGUUUGCAGUUGCAGACAGAGCCAAAAGCUGGGGUGUGUCUCCAUGUUGACAGCAAUGGUGUUUCUUUGGAGUUCUGUCAUCACUGUUCAGAGAUGUCACGUGCUGCUUCAGAAUUUGUGUGAACAUCUUAUAACAGUACAGGGAUUUCACGAUGCAAACUUCGUGGAAAGAAAAAACUGAACAUGGAUAUGCAUAAAAACCCUUAAUUUUGUGAAAACAAUUCUGUUUACCAUAGUUUGCAGUGUUUUUUCUGGUCUUGAGCAUCAGAAUCAAAAAUUGUAGAAUAUGAUGCAUUAACAGUUUUCUCAGGAGUAUCAAUUGUAUAGUGCCAAAAGCUGUAAUACUUAGCAGUGUAAGAAGUACUGUUGCAGCUAAUGUAUAAUCUCUGAUCACAUUGUUCUUUGAUAAUAUACUUUAGCUUUCUC